CUUUUAGUUAUUGUGUGCACUAAGUUUAAAAAUACAAUAAAUCAGAAUCCAUUGCAAUAACUGCAUUUAAAUAAAAAGUAAUUUACGUUCUAUGACGUGAUCUUCAAAUUCUUCAAUAUAGUGAAUUGAAUUAGAAUAGAAAUUUUGAGUAAUAGGUUGAUGGUGGAUUGAUUCUCUAUUAUUUUUGUGAUUAUAUUGAUAACCAUUAUGUCGGGUGGUCACAAACAUCGUUACAAGAAUGUGGGGCUCAGUGCUGAUGAAUUACGUCGUCGGCGUGAAGAGGAAGGUGUGCAACUUCGAAAGCAAAAAAGAGAACAACAACUUUUCAAACGAAGAAACGUAAACUUGCCCGGACCGAAUGCGCCCGAUAUCACACUGCAGGAGGACAUCGGCAUUUCUCCUUCCGAAGAUAUCACACCGGCGAUGGUCGCCGCUCUUUAUGGUGAUAAUCCCCAGGAACAAGUUUUGGCCACACAGAAGUUUAGAAAACUUCUAAGUAGGGAACCAAAUCCCCCAAUCGACGAAGUCAUACGGACCGGAAUAGUUCCUAAAUUCGUUGAAUUUCUAACGAACAGUGCCAACCCCACGCUACAGUUCGAGGCGGCGUGGGCGCUGACCAACAUCGCGUCGGGCUCGUCGGAGCAGACGCGCGUGGUGGUGGAGUGCGGCGCCGUGCCCGUGCUGGUGGCGCUGGCGGGCGCGGGCGCGGACGACGUGCGCGAGCAGGCCGUGUGGGCGCUCGGCAACGUGGCGGGCGACUCCGCGCGCUGCCGCGACGCCGUGCUGGCGGCCGGCCUGCUGGCGCCGCUCGUGGACAUUCUCAAUAAGUACUCGCGGCUGUCCAUGACGAGGAACGCCGUGUGGACGCUGUCGAACCUGUGUCGAGGCAAAAACCCCCCCACGAACUUCGAGGCCGUCGCUCCGGGCAUCCCGGUGCUGGCGCGGCUGCUGCACCACACGGACGCCGACGUGCUGAGCGACGCGUGCUGGGCGCUGUCCUACAUGUCGGACGGGCCCAACGAGAAGAUCCAGGCCGUCAUCGACGCCGGCGUGUGUCGGCGACUCGUCGAGCUGCUCGUCCACAACAAGUACACCGUGGUGUCGGCGGCGCUGCGCGCGGUGGGCAACAUCGUGACCGGCAACGACGUGCAGACGCAGGCCGUGCUGCUGUGCAAGCCGCUGCCCAGCCUGCACGCGCUGCUGCGCUCCGACACCGAGGCGCUGCGCAAGGAGGCGUGCUGGACGCUGUCCAACAUCACGGCCGGCAACGCCGCGCAGAUCCAGGCAGUCAUAGAUGCUAACAUUUUUCCGACAUUGAUAGACAUACUGAAGAACGCGGAAUUUAAAACUAGGAAAGAAGCCGCCUGGGCGAUAACUAACGCCACCAGCGGAGGAACGCACGCACAAAUAAGUUACCUUGUAGAACAAGGUUGUAUACCCCCUCUCUGUGAUUUGCUGACGUUGACCGACAUGAAGACGGUCCAAGUGGCUCUUAAUGGCAUCGACAAUAUACUGAAGGCGGGUCAGCAAGCCGACCAACGUUACAAUCCGUAUGCUGUUCUCAUCGAGGAGUGCUUCGGCGUAGAUAAAAUCGAAUUCCUGCAAUCGCACGAGAACCUCGACAUAUAUCAGAAGGCGUUCGAGAUCAUCGAGAACUACUUCAGCUCCGAGAGCGAGGACGGGCGGCUGGCGCCCGACGUGUCGUCCAGCGACCAGUUCACGUUCGGCGCCGACCAGGCCGUGCCGCGCGGCGGCUACCAGUUCUGAGCGCGGCCCGCGCCGCCGAGCUAUGCCUGUCCAGCAGAUGGUGGUGUAUCACUGUACAAGCUGGUGAAAAGUACUACCUUCUCCAGAGUAAAUAUAUUUUGCACUUAUUAUGCAGUAGUUUAGAUCAUUAUAUUAAUUUAUAUCGCAAAUUAUUGAAAAAAAUUAACCUCGCCUUUUUUCGUUCCGCUAUUCUAUUGUUGAUAACAUAACUAUACCCUGUUCACUUUCGAUAUUAAAUUUACUAACGACGCGUUGUUAGGCUAAUGAUUUUAAUUUAAGAAAUAUUUUUUAGGGUAUAAAUUGUUUGACAAAGUAAAACGAUUAAACUUCAUUCGUUUGUAAUUGUAACAUGACUUGAAUAAAAAAAAAAUCGUUUUAUUUAGUAAAAGUGUUAAUAAAUAAUUGAUUUAUGUAUAUUUUUCAAGUUUAAAAACAGUAUAGCACUUGCUAUUUUAUAGCAAGUGCUAUACUGUUUUUUAUACUAGUACUAUUCGUUAUUAUUUAAUUUCAUUACUGUCCUGUUACUGUCCACUUUACAUAAGGAACAUACUCUCAGCCUCGGAAGGUAUUAUCAAAUAGUCCCAGCUUUUAGUCUAGGAUAUUGAUUUCAUUCGUAUAAUAAAUAAAUUUAUAUUCACAUAAUGUUAAACCAAUUAUUUAAGUAACUAUAAUAAAUACGACCCAUCUUGAUUAUAAUAUAUUUAUAUUUAGAAUUAAAUAGAGUUGUUAUAAAGAUGUUGAGUGAAAUAAUUUUUUUUAGUGCAAAUUAUUUAUGUAUAGAUAACAACCAUCUACAAUGUACUGACAUAUGUCUUAUAUGUCUUGAUUACAUCUUCAGUGCCUGGAUAACCGAAAAAAUACAAAAUUAUUCUAUAAUUUGACAAUCAAAUAAGAACUUCCUUAGUUCUGUAUGGUUGCUCUGAAUGACUAAACAUUUUCAUUGCACAUAAGAGGGUGCGCGUCUAAGAUCAAAAAAGUCCUUAAAAAAAGAAGUUGUGAUGAUAGCAUAUUGCAAUAAAAGUCUGAUACUGGAAUGAUUUUCUCCCGAUUCAAUUUAAAAUUUCUUUAUGGAACAAGUAAAUAAUACUAAACUCAUACUCACAUGUUCUGAAUGUCAAAUAUUUUUACAUAUUCAUGUAAAAAUGACACUAAGGCGGUAUUCAAUUUCGCUUAACUAACUUUUCUGCAAUUCAUUCAAAAUUAAAUGUUGAUUAGGUUUACUAGUGUCGGUAGGGUUGAAUAGCCGCUUAGACCGCAGACCAUGUUAACUUACCUUGACUUUUUGUACAUUUUGUGUAUAAUAUUAAUUGCAAGAUGAAAGUGACCAUGGUAUAGCCAUUUUUUGUUUUAAAUUAUGUUUUUAUUGGCAACUAUUUGUUAGAAGCAUCCUUCCAUGUUGAUAUGUGAUAAAAACAUUUUAAUUCGUUGUAAUGAAUUAAAUAUUGGUACCAACACAA